AAUGAAAGAAAAACAAUGAGAGAAGUCAGGCUUUGCAUCAUCCCUCAGCUCAUCGGGCAUCCACUCUUACUUUUCCCCUCCUCACUUCUCUCUGCUCCUCUGCUGACUGACAGCGCUGCCUCUACUCUUUUUAUCUCCCGCUCCUUCCUCCCCUCUAUACCUCCAGCUGAUCAUCAUCCUCAUCUCCAAACCACCAUGGUAAACAGAUAACCUCCCGGUCAAGACCAUGGGUGCCUGCUUUUGCAAAGGUCACAAAGGCAGGACGGACAGACAUCCUCCAGAUAUCAUCAGCAGCAGAGAUGGAGGAUCUCCACCUUCCCAUGACAGCACUGCAGGACCAGACUGAGGAGGGUCAGACAUCCACUGUCAAGGAUGGUCAGAAUCCCUCCAAUGGCAACGUCCUGGAUAAAAACAACCCCUACGAUAUCGGCGAGCUUGCCACGUCCUCUUUGAUGGGUCUGGUGGCCACGAUAAAGGAGCAUAUCACAAAGCCGACAGCAAUGGCCCAGGGGCGAGUUGCUCACCUGAUUGAGUGGAAGGGUUGGGGCGGAGGCGGCGAAGCUGGGGGACAUGUGGGCGGUUGGGGCGGCGGUAAAGGAGGAGGAGGCUGGGGGGGGAUGGGCGCCGAGCUGCAGGAGGAUGAACAAUUCUACUCUCAAAUGACGGAUGAAAUCAAGGAGGCUCGCUUUGCCGCAGGUGUGGCCGAGCAGUUCGCCCUCGCUGAGGCGUCCAUGAACAUGUGGUCACUGGGUGACAACUUAGAGCAGCCAUCCACCAGCAUACAAGCAGCACAUGGCCACUUCUUGUCUCAGUUCCUGCUGGACGGUGGCAGCAUCGGCAUUCCUCAGCACCUGUACAACAUCCACAGCCAGACUUAUGGCAACAGCAGGAUGACCAACCUGGUCCCUGUGCCACUGGUGGACUCUGUCUCCCCAACAUCGGCCUCUCAGCAAGACAAAGAUCAUCUCUUUGUGGACAGAAGCACUGUGAUGGCAGACGCUACUGUCCGACACGUGGACAGCAGCUCGCUCUCUGAGGAUGAUGUUUUUUAUAACUAGAUUCGCAGGAGAACAAACCUGACUGCCAAUUUAAGAACUCACUGAGACAACUUGAGGCGGCUGAAACACCAGCAGUGACGGAUUUAAAAAAAACUAAAUGUUUGGAGGGAUUUUAAGAGCCUGGCCAUCAGAUUCAAAGACUCUAAGAGUAUUUUCUCCAUGGCUGAGACUUUUGUUCAUGUGUUUACUGUUACAUUUGAAUUUUGUUAUUCAGUGGACAAGAGUCAGAAUAUCACAGUGUAAAUAUCUUCUUAUAAAACACUCAUUUUAUUA